GCCGCGCUCCCCACCUUUGCCUGCGCCCGCGCGAGCCGAGCAGAUCUCCACGCACCGAGCAUCCAGAGAGUCGCGCCGCGCGCCGACGGAGCGGACAUGGGCAGAGCGAUGGUGGCCAGACUGGGGCUGGGGUUGCUGCUUCUGGCACUGCUCCUACCCACGCAGAUCUAUUGCAACCAAACAUCUGUUGCACCGUUUUCAAGUAACCAGACUAUCUCUACUGCCCCAAAUCCAACUAAUGCCACCACCAAAGCAGGUGGCAGUGCCCUGCAGUCAACGGCGGGUCUCCUUGUGGUCUCACUUUCUCUUCUACAUCUCUACUGUUAGAGACUCGGGCCAAGAAACGUCUCUACUUCCCCAUCUUCUAGAGCCACCCCAAUGGUAACCACAAGUCCAGUGUGACCCCGAAGAAACAGGUCCACAUCAAAUCUGCUAUUACCACCCCUCAACAGAAAACCUUGAGAAUUCAUGUGAAGGAUGUGACAGACGGUGAAUGCCAAUAUUGAAUCUGCUAGAGUUUUAUGUUCAAGAUGAAGAGUGAUAACAUCUGAAGGUGGCGUGAUUUCCUUGAAUGUGACUUAAGAAAUGUGGACACUUAAAACUGUAACUUGAAAUCAAGCAUAGGUUUUAUGUAGCGAUAAGGAUGGGAUGUAGGGUAGAGAUUGUUUUCAUUGGCUCAUUCAACCUAUAAGGCCAUAACACAGUUAGGUGAUAUUAAAAGGCUUCUCUGAUGCUAUUUAUGUAUAUGUUGGAAGGAACUACCAGGUGUUACUUUAAAUCCUCAGUGUAUUGUUUCAUUACUACUAAUUUAAUAUGCUAAACUCUAGUUAAGUUCCACAUUGUCGAGCUGUUCUCUUUGGAACUGAGCAUUAUACCCCCUCCUGUGGCUUUAGGCUUGACAUAAUAUUUGACCUUUAUUAGUAAUUGACAUGUGCCAGGCAAGGAUGGAUUGGAACCCACCCCCAAAUCCAGCCAUCACUGAAAUAAAUUGUACUUCAAAAGUCAAAUAGUAGGUGUUUCCCAUCAUCUUUUCUCACUCAACCAGAGUGCCAGAUCCCCUUAAGUAAACUGGUUCCAGAGAGCACAAUUACGUUGACCUCCGCCAAUGUCAAAAUGCUGCUUUUUAUUUCUGCAAAUUUGAGAGGUUUUCAUAAUUUAAGGUGUGGUCUGUUAGGAAGGCGAAAUUAUGAAUCUUGAAAUUCUAAAGGCAAAUAUGCAAAUAUGCAAAGGAGCCAAAACCAUAAACCUAGCAGUUGGGAUGUGAAGACGGAAGACGACUUGCAUCGAAUUCACAAAGUCUUUUAUACAAUUUCUGUAAAUACUUUUUUUAAAAGAGAAAAACAAGACAAUGGAUCAGAAUAGCCACAUUUGGAAUACUUUGGUUAUCAGUUCAUAUUUUUAGAUAGUUUGACAUUGGUCCUGUGCCUGAAAGGGGGCUUGGUUCUGCAGUAAGUUUUUCCAAUGCCUUGAUACACUCUCAUACCUUUUAAAACAUAGACAUUCCUUGAAAAAAAAUCUUUUGUUCGCAUGGUCACACACUGAUGCUUACACAUUCUGGGAUCUCAUAUGGCCACAGUAGUCUUGACAACCAGAGUCAUUUUCUCCACCUUUAGAAGCCUACCUGGGAACAAGGAGACCUCACAGACCCGGAGCUACUGUGUGUGUGAAUGAACACUCCCUCUUGCCUCGUACCUGAAUGCUGGACAUCCAUUUGACUGUAUAUUGUGUUUGUGUAUUUAUGCUUUGAUUCAUAGUAACUUCUCAUGUUAUGGAAUUGAUUUGCAUUGAACACAAACUGUAAAUAAAGGAAACAAAUGGCUGGAA